AUGACCGACGCUCAGCUCUCCGACUUCCCCUCGCUCUUCUCGCUCAAGGGCAAGGUGGCCGUCGUCACCGGCGGCUCCCGUGGCCUCGGUCUGCACGCGGCCUCGGCCUUCCUCCAGGCGGGCGCCGCGACCGUCUUCAUCUCGUCCCGCAAGGCAUCGGCCUGCGACGCCGCCUGCCGGGCCCUCAACGCGCUGCCGAACCUGGCCCCCGGGGCGCGCGCCGUCGCGGUGCCGGCUGACUCGUCGACCCAGCAGGGCGUCUGGGAGCUCGUCGCGGGCGUCAAGAAGCACACCGACACCGUCGACAUCCUCCUCGCCAACGCCGGAGCCACCUGGGGCGCCGAGUUUGACAAGCACCCGGACCAGGCCUUUGCCAAGGUCAUGGACCUCAACGUCAAGGCCGUCUUCAACACCAUCCGCGAGUUCACGCCGCUUCUCGAGAGGCCCUCCGGCCAGGGGGGCGAGCCGAGUAGGGUCAUCAUUACGGCCAGCGUCGCCGGCCUCGGCAUCGGCACGCUCGGUCCGCAGGGUACCUACGGCUACUCGGCCAGCAAGGCGGCCGUCAUCCACCUCGGCCGCAACCUUGCCGUCGAGCUCGGACCCCGCGGCAUCACUGUCAACUCCAUCUGCCCCGGCUUUUUCCCCAGCAAAAUGUCCAACGGCCUUCUCGAGAUGGCCGGCGGCGCCGAGAAGAUGGCCGAGGGAAAUCCCAUGGGCCGCCUGGGCCGGCCCGAGGACAUUGCCGGCGUCGUCGUCUACCUCGCAAGCCGUGCCGGGUCGCACGUCAACGGCGAGGCCAUCGCCGUCGACGGCGGUGCCGUCUGGUCCCGCGGCGAGCUGAUGCGCGGCGCCGGCGCCGAGGCCAAGCUGUAG